AAAAAUUCCUUAACCUAAUUUUUUUUUUAACUAAAACCAGAUAUAAAAAACAAGUUCUGAGGGAAUCUUUAUAUUCUGGCGGAGUUUCUGUCUAAUUUCCCUAUAUGUUUAGCUUAGAAAAUCUCAGAACCUGAUUACCUUUAUGGUGUAAGUCCGAAUUUCUAGAUUCAUAAAUAAUUAUAAAAUGUCAGGAUUGGGGUAUGCAGUAGCUCAAGCAAUUCUCCAUAACUCGAAAAACUUGUGUCAAAGUAAUUGGAGGACAAUAAGAAACCUGAAAUCUUUAGUAUAUGAUGGAAAGACCAAUCCAGCCCCAGUAUUUUUCAAUCCAGAGGUUCAAGCGCUCCUUAAGUCAUUAACUAGAGUUAAUAAUGAGAAGGUUUUCAGAAGAAAAAAAUUGGGCACACAAAAACUAAGUGAUCCAGAGUACAAGUUUAUGACUGAUGAAGAACUACAAGAGUCUCUUAAAGAAGCAGAAAAUAGAGCAAAUGAAUUGCUGCAAAUACCCCCUGUUAUACAAGUAGCGGAUGUAACUACCAAAGUGUUAGCGAGAGACAAUGCAUUACAAGGUUUGGAAUCAAGUAGAAUGGUAUUUACGGAUAUAACGUAUGGCCUAAAAGACUGUGAUAGAUUAAUUGUUGUCAGAGAACCUGAUGGGACAUUACAGGAAGCAGAAUGGGCAGUCAGGCAGCGUAUUAUCCAAGCAUACUUUCCUCGUCCGGGGAAAUUGAUUAAACCCCCUAAAAUGUUUGAGGGACAGUAUUUGGAAGCAUUACUAAAUAAAAACGAAUAUGAGUUUAUACUGGAUAGGGCGUGUACCCAAUUUGAGCCUGACGAUCCGGACUAUCAGAAAAUUGUCUCAGCUACUUAUGAACACAUUAAUGAGAAUAACAAAUUUGAUUUACUGAGGUCCACAAGGCAUUUUGGUUCAUUAGUCUUCUACUUAGCUUGGCAUAAAAAAGUCGACAAUCUCCUACUAGAACUGAUAGAGACUUUACACAUUAAAGAGGCUAAGGAAUUGAUCGAUUUAUAUUCAAUAAUGCACAAAAUCGAAUUUGAUAAUAAAUCAGACGUAGACGCUGUGAAGGACUUUAUUAAAAAAGAAGCUGACAAAAAGGGAUCUCUAGAGCUGGCCAUGCAGGCCUACGAAGAUGUUAUCGCGCAGAAACUCCAACUGAAAAAGGAAAUAGAUGCUGCACAUGGUAUUAAAUAAGCCGAUUUUUGUUUUAAUUAUUACGAGUAUGUCAACUAAGUAGAAUAUAAAUUUAUAAUUUUUGUUAAGUUCUAAAACAAUAGUUGGAUCUGUAAUAAAGAGUCCUUAUGUAUAAAAAACA